AUGCAGCACCUGUGUGCAGUGAAGAGCCACACCUCUCCAGCCUUUAAACAUCCAACCAGGAGGACUGGUUUAGCCCAGUGACCAGGCUUCAUUACUGACAAUCUCUCUCUCUCUCUCUCUCUCUCUCUCUCUCUCUCUCUCUCUCUCUCUCUCAAGCACAUACAUUCCAGUCACACAGUUUCACUGAAACCAACCACUUGUCAACAUCUAUCUCUGUGGAUUUCACUUUUACCUACGGAUCCCAUCUCCUACAUAUGUGAACAUUCUUCACCUGCUGAUCUCACCUAAUUUACCAGUAGAUCUUGCCUAACUUAAAUGUGGAAACUCAACUUUAACUUUUUACUUGUCUGUCACACUUUUACCUGUGGAUUUAAUCUUUAGACCUCACUUUAACCUUCUGACGCCCCCUUUUAAAUCUGUACUGCUCAUUUACCUGUGGAUCUCACCUGAGGACCUCACCUUUAGGGAUCUCACUUCUACCUGAGGAUCUGACUACUACUUGUCCCAGGAGAGAUGUCUCGUCGUGCCAGUACCUUGGACCUGGACAUUACCAGCAAGUACAGCACUUUGGGAGGGCAGGCCCAACGGCGCUCCACUACCCUGAGUUCCCAGUCUCAGCCCAAAACCUCCAAGCCAGGCGAUGUCUUUUGUGACUUCUGCACCACUCGGAAACAAAAGGCUGUGAAGUCCUGCCUACUGUGCCUGACCUCCUACUGUGAGACCCACCUCCAGUCCCACUAUGAGUACCCAGCCUUGAUGAAACACAAGCUGGUGAAGGCUACGAGCCAGAUGAGGGAGAAGAUCUGUGCCCAGCACGACAAGCUGCUGGAGGUGUUCUGCCGCACAGACCAGACCUCAGUCUGUGUCCUCUGCAUGAUGGAUGAACACAAGCGCCACGACACUGUGCCGGCUGGCACCGAGAGGAUUGAGAAACAAAAACAGCUGGGGUCCACUCUAAUGAAGUCUCAGAAGAGGAUUGAUCAGAGAGUGAAGAAGUGGACAGACCUUCGCCAGGCUGUGGAGUCAGUCAAACACUCUGCACAGGCGGUGUUGGAUGAGAACGAACGUAUCUUCACAGAGCUGCUGCGCUCCAUAGAGAGAAGGUACAUAGAGGUGAGAGAGCUGGUGCGAGCCCAGGAGAAGACCACAGUGAUCCAGGCUGAGGGACUGUUGGACCGUCUGGAACAAGAGAUAACUCUGCUGAGGAAGAAACACACUGACCUGGAGGAACUCUCCCACACUGACGACCACAUACACUUCCUACAGAGCUGGCAGUCUCUGUCUGGUCCCUCUGGGUAUGAGGAUCUAAACAAUGUCACUGUCGUUCCAUACUACUCCUUCGAUGGAGCCAAGAGAGCCAUCGCUGCGUUGAAGGUGCAAGUGGAGGAAAUCAACAAGACGGAAAUCAGCAAAAUCGCCUCAGCAGUCAAAGAGGUCCACAUUAUCCAACCACUAGAUCAUAUGGCACGAGAAGAACUUGAAACCAAGACAAGAGAAUAUUCAGAACCUAAGACAAGAGAGGAUUUCAAGAAAUACCUGGUCCAGCCGACCCUGGAUGUCAACAGUGCCCACCCCAACCUGUACCUAUCUGAGGGCAACACUGUAGCCAAGAUGAUGAGCGAACCCAAGAACUACCCAGACCAUCCAGACAGGUUCGACCAUUGGCAGCAGCUGCUGUGUAAGGAGGGUCUGUCAGGGAGUCGCUGCUACUGGGAGGUGGACUGGAGAGGAACGGAGAUAGACAUCGCCGUCACCUUUCAGAGCAUCAACCGCAAGGGCAACAGCAACGAAUGCAGCCUGGGUUGGAACGACAAGUCCUGGAGCCUGUACUGCUCUGAGGACAAAUAUUCCUUUGUGCACAAGAACCAGAGCACAGAUAUAGCCAAGCCCAGGUCCUCAAGGGUAGGAGUGUAUGUGGACCAGAUAAAGGGGACUCUGGCAUUUUACAGUGUGUCUGAUAGCAUGAACCUCCUUCACAAAGUACAGACCACCUUCCUAGAGCCUCUCUACCCUGCCUUCAGUGUGUGGGGCUUUGGUUCCAGUGUGAAACUAGUGUAAUGAUUGAGUGGGAAACACUAAAUGGGGGUCUUGAACCAGCGACCCUAUGGUUACAGAGAAAUCUCACUAAAUCUGUGCCAUAAAGGUCCAGACCUCUUGAAGUUGUUGUAUGCUUACAGACAGGGAGGCUACCCUGUAUGAGCAUAUUGUUUGAAAUGUACCUGUAAAUAGAUUGAUGCUCAUUAUAAAGUGUGUAUAAUUCUGUACCUACAAUAGAUGAAUUACAUUUGAAUACCUAUGUAAUUGCAGAGAGAUACAAUGUUUUAUAUUUUAUGAAGAAAAAAAAGAGAAAAGUGAGUGAUGGGACGGAAUCUGCUCUGACAGUUCGGUGAGACCAUUACUGUUGGAUGUUAUUGGACCUUUCUGUCCUGUAUUACUUACCUUUCUUUCCCUUUUAUAAUAAUCAGAUAUUGUAUAAUCAUAAUGAAUGUAAGAAAAGUGGACCCUACCCUAUGGUAUUCCCACUGGGCACACAAUGUACUUUCAACAUGGAGAAUUGGGUAAUAUUUGAUUGUGAUGUUGAUAAAUUAAUUAACAACCAAAAAUCACUCAAAAAGACAGUCAAAAGUUAAUUGAAUUUCCAAUGUGUUAUCACUAUGCUUUCAACCAUCUAAAAGCACAACCAAAUUCCAAUAGAAAAACAAUUUGAUUUUUGGUUUAGUUUGUCACCCAAAUGUCUAUCACUGCGCUUUCAACCGUUUAAAAGCACAGAAAACUUCAAAUGGGAAUAUGUCAGAUAUUUUCUUUAUUUGUACAACAUAUUAAUGUGUUAUCGAUGUUCUUCAUCUAAAAUAAGAACCAAAUGACCUGGGCCCGGUUUCCAGAUAGCAAUGGAAUUUAGGCUUGAAUGAAUGAUGAAUGAUCUGAAUGAUGCUUUGUUGCAAAAAAAGGCAGAAGCUGUAACAUUUCCCAAAAGACCAUGCAGAGAGAACGUUCCCUGACUUUAAGUACUCAUUGAGGCAUAGGCCUACAGUCGAUACUGAUAGGACAGAAAGAAAGUCAAAUUUGACCUUAACAUUAUAAUUAUUCCACAAUACUGACAAAGGCUCCGCUCCUUGAAAGAUAUUAUCACCUACGGCUGCAAAUAUUGUGGCGGCUUAUUCUAAUGCUUAAUCUACCCUAUAAUGACUAAAAUGUCAAUGUAAAUCAAGACUUUGCAUAUCAUUAAGCACAUGUUGUUAAACAUCAUUAGAUUAGAUCUGAGUCAAAAAUGACAGACUGUAGGCAGCCUACAAUUAGAAAAAUAUGAAAUGACAUUGAUUUCAAUAUCGUUGAAUUACAAAAAAAGAGACCAUGUUUGUAUGCGGCUUUUUAAAACUCAGUUAUAUAUAUAUAUGAGGGCUGAGUAAUGAGGGCUGAGGGCUGAGUAAUGAGGGCUGAGGGCUGAGUAAUGAGGGCUGAGGGCUGAGUAAUUAGAAUGUUCUACUUAAGGUGUGUUUGCAUAAUAUUUAUUUGUUGAAUGUUUAUGUGUUAUUAUGCUGUGAUAUGUUGAAAUGUAUUAUAUAUUCGCCAUUGAUAUGAUAACUAUGAGAAGUAGGCUAUUGAUUGUGAUGGAAUUUAUGAAAUAGCCUACCUGUUUAGGUGCAUAUUGGAUUGGCCCAGUAUUAGGGGUUGGGUUUGUAAUUUCAGGGGAAUUGAGAAGUCACAGUGCUCUCUUUAACUCAGCUGUGUGAGGAAUUAUUUAUGCUUUGACAAAGUUAUAGGCACUCUGGCUAUGGUGCUCUACCUUAGAAGCCGGUCUUAGUGUCUGCAUAUGAGCCAUUUGGCUUAUUUGUUUGUUAUUUUGGAAUUCUUCAUCUAUAUGUCAGUGUUCGUUAACAUCUUGUAAAUAUCCAUGGAUCCAGCAUUUUACAUUGGAUUAGAAUUUUUUUAAUCAUCAUAAACUGUUGUCUUUGAGAGUGAAAUUUCAACCACAGGAUUAUGUCAUCAUGGUAACUAAAUUUCAACAUAGACAAAUAUGUUGAAUUUGUACCUUUUAAGUCAGAUUUUCAACUUUAUAGCCACUAUCCGAAAAAAAAACUAUAGGCUGGGCAGCACCUCUGACUAGAGAAUGUAUCUAUCUAAAGCUACCCUUUGGUCUCCCAUCCACUGGCGACCCGUCAUUCAGGGCAGAGACCCACCUGUUUUGAGCACCACAAUUUUGCAAAACUCAUGAAAAAAAACAGUUUUUCAUGCUAUUUUGGCAUUAAUACGUGUCACAUAUAUAUAUAUAUAUAUAUAUUUUUUUUUUAUCCGUUAUUUUACCAUGUAAGUUGACUGAGAACACGUUCUCAUUUGCAGCAACAACCUGGGGAAUAGUUACAGGGGAGAGGAAGGGGAUGAAUGAGCCAAUUGUAAACUGGGGAUUAUUAGGUGACCGUGAUGGUCAGAUUUGCAAACAAUGUAAAAAAAAAUAUAUAUAUAUAUAAUUGAGUUAAUAAAGCCGCAUACAGA